UUGUAAGUAGCUCUGAGAGCAGCAAGUGGUGGCCCUUUUUCAACCUGUUUUUGUUUUUCUGAGAAAAGGAGCUAAAGAACAAAGGGGACAAGGGCCAAUCAGAAGAACAAACUUUUGAAAAGUCUUUACUGUGUUAAAGAAAGAAACGCUGAGAGAGGAGAGGGGAGGAGAGAAGCCGGGAGGAACACAAGGCAGCAAUGGAUAGCAGAGUGGCUCAGUCUGACCCUGGGAUGGCCUGGAUUCACACACUGCUGCUGGCCACCAUCCAGCACACACACUAGGCUGCGAACGCCACUGAGCUCCCAUGUGCCUGUUGAGCCAUGCUCCCUGGGUAUGGAUUCUCACCUUUUCCUGAUUUCCGACCCCACCUUCACGCAUUUCACUGCCGAGGAGAGAGUCCCAGCAUGUGGAUCCCAGGCUCAGGAGAGUCCCAGGCUCGGAACGAGUCCCAGGAGGGCAGGCCUCUCCUCCACCCCUGCCAUCACAAACACAUUGCUGUUUGCCAGCAGGAAACGUUGGCUUUUAUUGAGCUACAACCAGCGACACCUAAAUUAAAUGGUUUUGGCCCUCAGAGGCCAAGCAUUAUUUCAGGUGCACAACGCACAGCACACUCUUUACCACUCAAUGGUUUCAGACAGACACUGAAUGAGCUGAAUGACAAGCAGAAGAUCUGCCACAGAACAGACAACAAACAGGAAAUAAAUUUGAACUCUACACAUACUGUAGGUGACAGUGAGCUUGAGUGUCAAAAUGGCAUCAGGACUUCUUUCCAGGAGCAAACUGAGAAGCCACGAACAGUCACAACUGUUUGCCGUCCUCUCCAUGCAGCUCUCAGCCUCCCUUUGUCCCUCCCCUUGUCCUCUCUAUACGCAAACAGAGACUCCUGGGAAUCUCAGUUACCUUGCUCCCCAACCUCACCCGAAUGUCCCGAGUUUCAGGGCCCAGACUCCUGCCAGCCUCAAAGGAGAACAUCACAGGGGUCACUGAAAGAAAAGUCUAUCCGGCGAAAGAUGCAGGUUUAUUCUCCAGACAGCCCAAGUGAUGAAUCCCUCGGCAGUCCAAUCCUAGAAGCAGACUACAUCUUUCCUGGACCUUUUGCAUCCUUUCUGGAAGAGGACCUCAGUGGAUUAUCCUCCCUAGAGGCCAUUUCAACUCCUUCAUCCACAGACGGUGCUUCAGAUCUCCCAAGCCUCAGUCAGGAUGAUAUUUUCAACAUAUCUACAGAACCCCUGCAGAUUAUAGAGGACUCAGAACCAUUAGUUGUGGAGGAGAGUGGAAGUGUGGAGAUGUCAGUUCCCUCAGGAGGGAGCUUUUUGUCACGGAACCGUCAAGGCGACCAAGAACGGCGGCGCUUCUCAGCUUCAGAACUAAUAUCAAGACUGCAGCUGUCUCAAAGGAAGAACUCCUUCACCUUAAAGCUGGGGAAGUCAUUGUCUGCUCGGGUGGCCUCAAGAGACAGACAAGGCUCCAGCAGCCUCAGCCCCAACACUGACUAUAAGUCCAACUCCAGGCACCGCGGCUCAGGAGGUUCGAGUGAUAGCGACCCCCACAGUCCUGUUGGACUGGCACCUCCACCUCCCAGCAGUGACAAUGGGUUGCCUUUGCAUAGAUGGAGCACAAAACUUGGAAUGCGAAAGAAAUCCGUAGAGGAAGACCUGGGCACACUUGCUCCUGUUCAUAACUCGAAUCGACUCUCACGGUUUUUACCCAGCUCUAUCCUGUACCAGGAGUACAGUGAUGUUGCCAUCAAUAGAGAGAUCCAGAGGCAGCAAGGGAAGGAACCAGGCACAGAGGAGGAGGGGUUCAGGGAUGAGGGGUCAGACGGGACCCCAUCUCCAUCUAAUCUGUCUCCAUCCAGCUCCUUUCGUUCCUCACGAGGCUCUGCAUUUGCACUAUGGCAGGACAUCCCUGAUGUUCGAAGCAGUGGUCAGCUCGACAACUUCAGCAAUGAGGAGAGAAAACUGCAGGAGGCAAAGUUUGAGCUGGUGACAUCUGAGGCAUCAUACAUUCGCAGUUUAACAAUCGCCGUGGACCACUUCAUGUUGUCUCAGGAGCUCGCUGAGUGUCUUGGAGCUCAAGAUAAGCAGUGGCUCUUCUCCAAGCUGCCUGAAGUCAAAGAUGUUAGUGAGAGGUUCCUUCAGGAUCUGGAGCACAGGUUGGAGGAAGACAUCCUUCGUUUUGAUGUGUGUGACAUUGUCCUGGACCACUGCCCUGCUCUACGAAGGGUUUAUUUACCUUAUGUAACCAACCAGGCGUAUCAGGAGCAGACAUACCAGCGAUUGCUGCAAGAAAACCCUCGUUUCCCUGGCAUCCUGGCCCGCUUGGAGGAGGACCCCAUCUGCCAAAGACUUCCUCUGACCUCCUUUCUAAUCCUCCCAUUUCAGAGGAUCACACGGCUUAAAAUGCUGGUGGAGAAUAUCUUAAAGAGGACAACACCGGGCUCUCGAGAUGAGGACACAGCCACGAAAGCUUUCAAUGAGCUAAAAAAGAUCAUCAAAGAAUGUAAUUCCAGUGUGCAGUCAAUGAAAAGGAUGGAGGAACUCAUCCACCUCAACAAGAAAAUUCACUUUGAGGGAAAGAUCUUCCCUCUCAUCUCUCAGUCGCGCUGGCUGGUAAAACAUGGUGAGCUGCUGGAGGUGGACACUCAGAUGAUGAGUAUUUCUGGAUCAAAGCUCAAACUGCCCACCAAACCUGUGUACCUCCAUUUGUUCAAUGACUACCUGCUGCUGUCCAGGAGAAAGGAUACUUGGAAGUUCAUGGUGUUUGUACAUGCCAAGAUUGGGGAGUUGAAAGUGAAGGAUCUCAGUCAGAAGCUGCAGGGCAUCCCAGGCUUCAUCUUCCACCUGCAGCUGUGUGAAGGCCAGCAGCUCAAACAUCAGAUUCUGCUUAAAUCACACACUGAGAGCGGGAAGCAGAGGUGGAUCACUGCAAUGUUUCCAUCCGACCCAUUAGAAGACAUCGAGCAAGCCAGUGAAAAUGACGAUAUAUCCCAGGUUCAGUGCAUCAAGAGCUAUCAGGCCCAAGAGCAUGAUGAGUUAACACUGGAAAAAGCUGACAUUCUUCAUGCUAAGACCAUUACAAGUGAUGGCUGGGUGGAGGGCAUCAGGCUGUCGGACGGGGAGAGGGGCUGGUUCCCCAAAUCCUAUGUGGAGGAAAUCACAAGUCGUAGCGCACGUCUCCGCAACCUCCGGGAAAAUAUCCGCAUCAAAUGUGUCACACAGAAACUAAAAGGGGAAGACUAACCCGUUUUUUGUUUGUUUGUUUUUGUUGUUUUUUUUCUUUGUUUUGUUUUGUUGUUUUUUUUACUGUAAAAAGUCCAUGUGGCAAGUGUGCAUAUCAGCAUUUUUAAGUUUGGGGAUUAUUGUUUUAAGUCUAGAUAGAUGUGGGGCCUAUGAGUAGUAUGCAGGUGCUAAAACAGUUCUAACGGUUUUCUUUGUGUGGUUCCUAAACUCUGCAGUUUUCUUUUGCAUGCUAAAGACAGUGCAAAGCUUUUGAUGCUAACUUGCAUGUUUAAUCUAAAGAGGUUUUUAACCGAUUAGAUAGUCUUUAGAUAGAAGUUCACACAGUUUUUCUACACUGAAGUUUUAAACUUUGUGGAAGAAUUUACUUUAUGCUUCAUGUAACUGCCUUUCAGUUCAAUUUAAAGUCUGACAACAGGUUCAAGAAAAUACUAGAACAAUACCUCUUAUACAGAUGUGCCAGAAUCUCUCUUUGGACCAGAGUUCUUCAACUCCUCGGGGACCACUACCAUCAGGUUUUAGAUGUGUCCCGGUGUUUUCUCUGAUUUAAAUCCUCAACAGCUUGUCCUCGCAUAUUAAAUAAGUUUGUUAAUGAUCAGUAAGUAGAGCCAGAGGUAUUACACACGAAUCGAGGUCAACGUCUUAGUGAGCUAUGUCUGUCAUGAAGGCAGGGUUUGUUUGAUUUUAACCUGGCUAGAUUACCAUGGCAAACCACAUCCUUCCAUUGAUUCAAACUAUUCCAGUAUUAUAUGUUAGAGAAUAUUCAAUUAAUAAAAAUGAGCUUUGAUUUGGUCAAUGACAUUUGUAAUUUCCAUGCUAUUAUUGGUCACUGUCAAAGCUAAAUGCACUUUUUAUCAAGUUAUAAAUGUGAGAGCUUGAUGGGAAGUUGUCAUGACAAAAAACAACAAGCAGAUAUAAACUUGUUAAUUUGUUAACUAGCAGCAUUCCUCUGUUGUCUUUAUUGCAGCAGUUGUGUUGUUUUCUAUAAUUAUCAUUACAUCAUUUUUUAUUACUUUGUGCAGGGUUUGCAUCAAAUAAAGUGCAAUUUCAUCCAGGUUAUUUGCACAUGCAACCUAAAAAAGGAAACAUUGGUAAACAAAGAAAAAUCAUGGUAACAACUGCUGUAAUCUCUGAAUGAAGGUUUACUUUUUGUCGAACCAGUUAACAUAAAGAACGCCUGGCUGUGCUGAACUUGCCUCAUAGUGCACCCCUCGGGUGAUAUGAAGCGGGGAAACAUCUAAAAGUUGCAGGACAGUGGACUGGAGAUGAAGAGCCCUGAUUUAGACUGUGAGAGCAGCAUAAGAUUCAUUCAUGUAGUCAGAAUUUUUCUUAGUGCAGAUUCUGCUGCUGAGACACAUCAGGACGUAUCACAGGCCUUUUUUUGUUCUCAAAGGCUGACAUGUAGCUCUGUUCAUGUGGUCAACAAACAUCUGACAGCAGUUAUGACAGAAAAUUAAAGAAUUCAUCGUAUAAUGCACUACUUAUUUUUGUUCACAAGUUAAGAUGUGAGUUUGGCCAAAUCCUGAUAUAAUUUAUCUCCCAGAACCAAACGUGCCAUUUUGUGUUCAGGCUCUAUUAUUAAAGCUGUAAUUUGAGUGAGUCACAGGGUGACGUGUUUCUUAUUUACUUACAUGAUCAUAGUCAGUCUCACUCACACCAUUUUUUCUGCUGUAAAUAUUGACCCGACGUAUCAAUUUGCUUAAAAUAGUCCCCGACUAAUGCACUAUUUCCUACUCUUUGAGCAACAUUGAUGUAAAAAAAAUAAAUAAAAAUAACUUGAGAGUUUGGCUGCUUACAAUCUGAGUCUUUUAGAAAAUGACAUUUUGUGUUUUUAUAAGAUUUGCAUCCCCAGUAUUGGCUGAAACACACAAUGUUAAAAAUUUGGAAACACGUUUGACUUUUGGUGACAUUUCAUAAUAAUAAUUAAAAAUAAAUAAAUAAACAUAAAAAACAUUUUGUGUGCUUUAAAGCUACAAACUGACAAACAUACUAGAUAGAUUUUUCUGUCAGUUUACCACCUGUGUGAGAAAUAUACACAUUUCAAUUUACCCAUACUAAUUUAUAAAACCUUUGUCCCCGAUAAUGACCAGUUAAAUGAAGUUGUUUUAAGCUAAUAACACAGAACGUAACGGUGCGAUGACAGAGCAUCGAAGCCCAGUGUAACUGGGCUGAAAUCUGCUGUUAGUGGACCACUAUAAUCAUCAUACAAGUGUAAAUCUUUCAGUGGCACAUGACAUGUUAAAGAUCCUUCUGUUUUCUAUAGAUAAGUUGUUAGUUGUAAUUUAAAUGGUUGCUGCUGCAGCAUGUAUAUUUAUAUUCCUCUAGAUUCUGAUGUAAAUGUAUUUUACUGUAGAUGACUCCAUGUAUAAAGAAUAGAACGUGAUACAUUUAUGACUGUAAUUUAUAUGAACAAAGGUUUUACAGAUAAUAUUGCAUUAACAAGUGUGAACUUUGGUCGGUUUUUAAUCCUGAUGCCACAGUAAAUAUAAAUGCUGUAAUACACUGGACUGUAUACACACUGCUGUAAACGUUUAACCACUGAAAUAAAUACAGAUACUUAAA